GUUGACGAAGCGGCAAGGAGAGCUGCAGCAGCACUGAAAACUCAACCCAACGGAGGUGGAAGUCUGGUGCAACCUGUCUUUGAGGCAAAGGACUUGGAGUCUGUUUCAGGGAAAUACCACACUGGUCAGUAUCUUGCCCACGUCUGAAAAGUUGUUGAUGUAUCUUGCCAACUUCUGUCUCAAGAUGCACUCCCAUCGAAUGAACAAAGGCCUACCAAUGAG